AGACUUCUAAUGCUCUAUUGUGCCAUUUUCUGUCUUUACACUCUGUAAUAUAACAAGGGUUAAAUGCUGCCGAAGAUGUUAACCAUGUGGGCACCUGUUGUACUCUUUUACCAACCACUGUCUAUAUGCAGGACACGAGGGAGGGGCAUUAUGGUACUUUGUUGUGGAGGAAUAUACUGUAGAGUGCUGCAUGCAGCUGCAGACUGUGCAAGCUGAGUGUGUGUGUGAUGUGAAUAAGAAGGAGGCUGAGGCUGGCUGCUGUGAUGAAAUCACUUUGUUUUAAGGGGAGGCUGUUUAUAUUGGUGCCAUAGAACUGUCUGAACCUGCUGAUGGCUGUAAGGAACCUUGAGUGGUAAAUUCAAGAGUUAAAUUACAUAUUUAUUUUUGUUGAAUUGUAAGCCUUCGUUUUAUAUAAAGAAAACUUUUUUUUUUCCAUUUAGUUUUUGUUAUACUAUACAAGUGGACUUUGCACCAAGACUUCAAAACUACAAUUGCCUGGAUCAUUAAUGAACCUUUAAUCAAUGAUUUUCUCUGAGUUUCACACCAUGUCAGCGGUGACCAAUCAGCCUCUUCCCUUUGGUGGACUGGAGCGAGAGAAGCACAUCCAGAUGAUCUUCAGAGCUUUCCAGAACCGCUGUGGGCCCUCAUGUGAGUGCCACACUCACUCACCUGGACCCAAACUCCACCAAACGCCUCCAGACUGGGAAUCUGGUGAGCGUCUGGCUCCUGGGAGGAAGAUGGAGAACUGCUACACGCAGCCACCAGGGAAAGUGAGCAGACCAGGGGUGGAGGAGCAGCGGCCUGGAGGUGCAGCAGGAUCACACUUUAUGUCUGUGCUGGAAACAGUCAGUCAGAUACAAAUCACUGCCAGACCACAGCUGCAAGGUCCACAGUGUGUUCCCAGGAGGAUUUACAGCAUCACCACAGGAAGCAGCAGGUCCCAGUUAUUUGUGGCUAUGGAAGAGAGUUCUUGUGUGUGCCUCCAGUGUUGCGGUCCAGCUCGGGCCUGUUCUUUGCAGGGCUUCGACUGCCAGGGCCGGCAGGUCUUUUAUUUUGAAAGGCCCCUUAGGGUGGACGCCUGCUGCCUUGGCUGCUGCCUGAUGGAGAUCAGGGCCUACACACCUCAAAAACAUCUCGUUGGCACCGUAUGUCAGAGGUGGAGCAUGUUCACCCCUCUCCUGGAAACGUGUGACUCAGAAGGAGCAUCGACCUUCAGAAUCCAGGGCUCCUGCUGUCCAUACCGCUGCUUCUCCAACCAGCAGUUCCAGAUUGUCUCCAGCAUUGGUGAGAAGAUUGGAACGAUAUGGAAGAAAUGGCCUGGUUUCAAUGACGAACAUAACAUGGACCAUGAAUACUUUGGGUUGGAGGUGCCGCUGGAUAUGGAAUCACACAAUAAACUGCUGCUGCUGGCAGCCACUUUCCUGUUGAAUUACAUGUUCUUUGAAAUGAGCUGAUUAAUGAAAAGGAUCAAUCAAGACGUUGAAAGUGGGCUGUAACUAGUGAGGAACACCAGCCGAGUCACUUUAUAGUACAAGACACCGCCUCAUUUAAUUGCAUUUGAAAUAUAACAGUUGAAACAUCCGUUUCAACAUACAUUUAUUAAAAGUAAAUGACACUAAACAAGCUUUAGCAGCAGCUGCAUAUUUGACAUUUAUUGCUAUAAUCCAUCAGGUGUACAUCCAGCAGUGUUUGACACACACCUGUACCCAUCAUCACACCACCUAUUACGGGCAGCAUUACAGUUUUUCAACAAACCAUAGGCGCUUUCUUGACGUGGUUCCGAAAAAUGCUCCAGAGGAAUUGAUAAAAACUGUAACAGACCCUGACCCUGGGCCCAGUUUCAUUUUUUUUCUUCUUUUACUACAAAAUGGAAAAGGGAGUGAAGGUCAGUGUUUCAGGACUCCUAUACACCUUUGAGGACAUUAAAGCAGAGCCCAUCGCUUGGAUUCUUUCAAGGUGGGAUAAAGACAAAACAGACAGAAGGAAAAACUGGGUCGGGUUGGGCUCGAGGCCAGGCACAGUGAUUCAGGCAGCUUGGCAGUCCAUUCUUAAGAUGCCGGUUAUACAACCUUCUGCCCAACACAGGAUGGUCCUCAUCCUUUGGGAUUCAACCUCCAGGUCAAAGAUAGAGAAUCAUUGCUGAUUCAGUUACGUGAUCUUUUUAAGUAGACUGUAUUUACAAAUAUAUCGUACACAAUAAUAGUUAUCAUUCCAGUUUGAAAUGACCAGAGGAAUUGUAGUUAAAAUACAGCACUGUAAUAAAAUAACAUCUACCUGCAACCCUGUUUGAGUCCCAAUAAGACAGAUUAACACAGAUUCAUUUUAAACAGCAGGACGUGUGAUGUUAUGCUAAGCAAUACGAUCUGACCUAGGUUAUAUAACAGAUUGGUUUUGUUGUAUUUUGUCAAGUACAAUUUGUUAACAGCUAAUGACCAGAUCAGCAAACACCAGUCACAUGGCCUCCCUCUGGUGGCAAGUUAACAGAUGUUACAACUUGCAUUAAUAAAAAAUAAAAAAUAAAA